AGAGUAUUACAAACUGGCCAUCUUAAUAGUGCCGAGAUGCUUUUAACGAACCCUUGACGCACUCCAUGGCAUAGGCUGCAAAGGCAGAGAAACCAGUAGAUAACAAUAUCUGCAACAAAAUUGAAUGACACUGCUGAGUGAUGACAAGAAGAAACAUCUGGAUGGACUCUGACAAAUGUGUUUAUCACUCAAAAAUUGUGGCUCUCUCAAUUUUUCUCUCUCCGUAUAAGAGCUCUCUGAUGCUCACUGCCCACCUUGAUCUCUCCCUGGAAGCUCCUUUUAUAGAGAAGAAAGUGGGAACGUGGUCCCUGAAUUUCAGCAAGAUGAAAGGGGUGGAGUAAUUAGUGGACUGUUGAAUUACUGAGCCACACCAAACGUCAACAAGCCAUGUGAAGUUUACAAGUUUGUUUUGAUUUACAAAAUGACUAGUGGAUCUGGGGUUUCUGUUGUUGAUGGCAAGUUGAUGGUUUUGGGAAACUGCAUUCUGUCUGAUGUUCACGAGAACAUCGUUGUAACUCCUGUCAGUGGUAAUGAAUUCAUUAAUGGAGCUUUUAUUGGCGUUACAUCUGAUCAUAGUGGGAGUCACCGCAUUUUCCCCAUCGGCAAGCUCAAGGGAUUGCGUUUUAUGUGUCUUUUUCGCUUCAAAUUAUGGUGGAUGAUCCAGAGGAUGGGUUCUUCGGGCAAAGAUAUCCCAUUCGAGACGCAAUUUUUGAUUGUUGAAGGACAUAAUGGUUCUUACUUUUGUGAGGAAAGUGAAGAUCAAGUAGCUGAGUCUGCUACGUAUAUUGUUUUCUUACCUAUUUUGGAGGGAGCUUUUAGAGCUGUUCUUCAAGGGAACUCAAAUGACGAAUUGGAGAUAUGUUUGGAAAGUGGAGACCCUGCCAUUGAUGAGUUUGAGGGGAGCCAUUUGGUUUUCGUGGGAAAUGGAUCAGACCCUUUUGAUGUCAUCACAAAUGCUGUAAAGGAAGUUGAGAAGCACCUACAGACAUUUUCUCAUCGUGAAAAGAAGAAGAUGCCAGACAUACUCAACUGGUUUGGCUGGUGUACAUGGGAUGCAUUCUAUACUGAUGUUACUGCAGAGGGAGUGGAGCAAGGGCUAGAAAGUUUAGAGAAAGGUGGGAUUCACCCAAAGUUUGUUAUAGUUGACGAUGGAUGGCAAUCUGUUGGUAUGGAUGCCAAUGGGAUUGAUUCCAAUCUCCCAUAUGCAGCCAAUUUUGCUAACAGGUUAACCCAUAUGAAAGAAAAUCAUAAAUUUCAGAAAAAUGGCAAAGAGGGCCUCAGAGAAGAAGAUCCAGCAAUGGGACUUGCUCAUGUUGUUACUGAGAUCAAAGAGAAACAUGCUUUGAAGUAUGUGUAUGUAUGGCAUGCAAUAACUGGGAAUUGGGGUGGUGUUAUGCCAAAUGUUACUGAAAUGGAAUACUAUGAAUCUAAGAUGAACCAUCCCAUUCCAUCUCCCGGGGUUCAGUGUUGUGAGGUUUUUAACAGCAUUGCUGCAAAUGGUGUUUCUCUUGUAAACCCUGAGAAAAUUUUUAACUUCUAUGAUGACCUUCACUCUUAUCUUGCAUCAUCUGGCAUUGAUGGAGUCAAAGUAGAUGCUCAGAGCAUCCUUGAGACUCUAGGAGUGGGCCAUGGAGGAAGAGUGAAACUAACCAGGAAGUACCAUGAGGCAUUAGAAGCUUCAAUUUCUAAAAACUUUCAUGGUAAUGGAAUCAUAUCCUGCAUGAGUCACAACACUGAUAGUUUGUACAGCUCAAAGCAGGCAGCUGUAAUAAGAGCUUCAGAUGAUUUCUUUCCAAGAGAUCCAGCAUCCCACACAAUUCAUAUUGCAUCUGUCGCCUACAAUUCUAUUUUCCUUGGGGAAUUUAUGCAACCUGAUUGGGAUAUGUUCCAUAGUCUUCACCCCAUGGCUGAAUUCCAUGCAGCAGCUCGUGCUGUUGGAGGAUGUGCUAUUUAUGUCAGUGACAAACCUGGAUACCAUGACUUUAAUCUGCUGAAGAAACUUGUGCUUCCUGACGGGACCACACUGCGAGCAGGACUUCCAGGAAGACCUACAAGAGAUUGCUUAUUUUCAGAUCCUACCAAAGAUGGGAAGAGUCUCAUGAAGAUAUGGAAUCUGAAUGAUUUCUCUGGAGUUAUGGGGGUUUUUAACUGCCAAGGAGCAGCAUGGUGUACAGUUCGAAAGAAGAAUAUGAUCCAUGAUGAAAAAACAAGCUCAAUCACUGGGAUUAUUCGUUCAAAGGAUGUUGACCACAUACAUAAAAUUGCUGAGGAGGGAUGGAGUGGGGAUGCUGUCAUUUAUUCCCACUUAGGUGGAAAAGUGAUUUAUCUUCCAGAGAACGCAUCUUUUUCAAUUACGCUGAAAUCCCACGAGUAUGAAGUUCUUACAGUGGUUCCUGUUAAGGAAUUGUCCAACGGAGCUUAUUUUGCCCCGAUUGGACCAAUCCAGAUGUUCAAUCCUGGAGGAGCCAUCAAAGAGUUGAGAUAUGAACUGAAAAGAAGUUCAGUUAUUGACAUGAAAGUUCGAGGCUGUGGUACAUUUGGAGCCUAUUCAUCUGUUAGACCUAGGAGGAUUACUGUUGAUGCUGAUGAAGUAGAAUUCACAUAUGAUGAAGGGUCUGGUUUUGUGAGCCUUGUCUUGAGAAUUCCCAAGGAAGAGCUAUACCAAUGGAACAUAACUGUAGAGCUAUAAAAUGGCUAUACCAGCUACCCUUUCUGUAAGGAACUAUUUUCUCAGUUAAAAUGCAGAUUUUCUGUUCAACUAAAAAAAUCCACUAUUCGGAUA